UGGCGGACAAGAUGGCGGGUUUUAUGAAACAUUUGGGAUAACUUCUUCAAAAAUUAACUGUUUAAUUCCUUGAAAAAAAUAUCUGGAACCGCCAAAAGCAAAGGUUAUUAAAAGCUUUUUGCUUUAAAUUCCGUUCACUUGUUUUUUUUCUUGCUAUUGAACCAAGAGCAAGCAGUCAAAAUGUCGUCAACAUUCAGUGAUUUACUCCAGCAAGCCGAGCAACUGACGGCCGACAUGGACACCGGUGGAGAUUUACCAAGAAUUGACUUAAAUCUUCAUCAGUUGGCUGAAGCAGGAACAAGGCUGUGGUCCAGGACUACAGGGACUGUGGGGGAUAGUGCUGAUGUUAAGGCGUCCAUACUGUUAGGCUCCAAGGGAUUUGAUGUUCCAAAGCUAUCUGAGAAACUUGAACAGCUGGACACAACAAARACAUUUGAACCUCUUGAACCUGUCAGAGAAACAAAUAUCCAGGGCUUUUUGAGGAAUGAAAGAGAAAAUGCAAUACUGUCAGCUAUUGAAGAAGCAAGAAAGAAUACGUUCAGGCAGUCUGAGAAACAUCAGUGGAAUUGYAUGGAAUGUGAAUGGGAGAAAGAGAAGGAAAAGAUUCUUAAUUCAUUGCUUGGUGCAGGACARGAGGCUUUAGAUUUCCCAUCUGAACCAGAGGUCUUUUCUACCAGUUCUCUGAACAUGACUGGGCGUACUGCUUUGGACUCCAUAGAGCUUGCUUAUGCAAGACAAAUUUACAUUCACAAUGAAGCCACUGUCCAGGACACUAGACAUGAUAUUGUAGAUGGAUUUCUUUGUGUUGCAGAAAAGAUUGAAGAUAAGAAUAUUAAUGAUAUGUGGCAAUUCAUGGAGAGUCUACAACCACUACAGAAUACAUCAGGACCAUCACCACACAAACUGAGGUGUUCUCCUGACUUUCAAGUGAAGUUUUUGGAAAAAGCWAGAAGUUUCUUAGAGUCAAGAUACCUGCAGUAUGUCCAGGAAACUGUCUAUGACAACCUGCAACAGUCACGSCUGGGAGGUGUACCUGGUACAUUCAACCUUAUCAAAAGCUUCCUCAAGGUGAAGCUGUCCCAUAGCUUCCAAGGACUAGAGGAUGGAGAUAUUGAUGGUACUCCCAUCUGGCCAUUAAUUUACUAUUGYAUAAGAUGUGGAGAUCCACAGGCUGCUCUGCAAGCUAUGGACUACAUACCGCAACAUUUAGGCGAAUUUAGGGAAUUCUUCAGAGAAUAUAUCAACAGCAAAAUAAGAAGACUAAGUCCAAGUACUGAAAGUAAGGUCCGUCUUCAAUACAAGCGUUCAGUUCGUACCAGCCAGGAUCCAUUCAAAAGAGCUGUAUAUUGUUUAGUUGGUCAUUGUGAUUUAGCUGAUAACCAUCAAGAGAUUGCACCCAAAACAGAUGACUACUUAUGGCUGAAGCUCAGUCUUGUCAGUGGUGACCAAGAUGGUGGAUCACAAGAUGAAAUGACCCUUAAUCAGCUACAGACCAUGUUACUAGAACAAUUUGGUGAAGCUCAUUUUGGAGCAUAUCAGCAACCAUUCUUGUACUUCCAAGUUCUCUUUCUUACAGGACAAUUUGAAGCUGCUAUYGAGUUCUUAUCAAGGGUUGAGUUCUUCAAGAGCCAUGCUGUUCAUUUUGCUAUAUCUCUGUACGAGAUGGGUCUUUUAUCUUUACCAGACUCUAUCCAGKCACAGCUAUUAACCAUUGACGCAGGUGACCCACCRCCUGGGAGGAGAUUAAACUUUGCUCGUCUCAUCAUGUCCUAUACACGCAAGUUUGAGAUAACCGACCCAAGAGAGGCCUUGCAGUACUUCUACUUGCUAAGGAAUAUCAAGCGACCUCAUGGUGAAGACCUCUUCAUGUCUUGUGUCAGUGAAUUAGUCCUAGAAACCAGAGAGUUUGAAAUGCUAUUAGGACGCUUGGAGCCCAAUGGAAGUCGCAAGCCUGGUUGUAUUGACAAAUUCCAAAGAGACAAACGAGAAACUCAAAAGAUCAUCGAACUAGUGGCUAAGGACACCGAAGAUAAGGGACUGUUUGAAGAAGCUGUCAAACUCUACGACUUGGCAAAGAACCAUGAAAAGGCUGUUGAAAUAUUGAACAAACUACUGAGUCAGGUUGUAUCUUCUACUGGUGGUGCUCAGUCUCCUCGCGACAGGCUCCAGAACCUUGCUGUAUCGGUUGCCGACAGGUACCGUGUGCAAGGACACAACACCAGUCAGAGUCGCAUCAGUACUUUCUACCUGCUGCUUGAUUUGAUGCAGUUUUUUGACUUGUAUCACGCAAAUCAACUGGAUACGGCACUUGAUGUGAUGCAGAAGUUAAAGCUUGUUCCCUUCAGCAGCGAGACCGUAGAAGAACGAGUUGCUGCGUUUCGACAGUACAAUGAUGAGAUACGUAGAUGUCUACCUGAUGURCUGCUGGCAUCAAUGAAUAUACUUCAUGCAAAAUACAAGACCACCAGAUCGAGUGGUCAGAGUCCACUGAUAGACAGACGAAGAGACGAUGGAGGACAGGAAAGGUUCCGAGAAAUUCUUCGACGYCAGGCUAGAGCACUUAUUACAUUUGCAGGUCUCAUUCCAUACCGUAUGCCAGGGGAUACUAAUGCUAGGCUAGUGCAGAUAGAAGUCCUCAUGAACUAGCUUAUCGUCCACACAUACCCUUGUGUAAGUUUUGUUUCCUGGGGAAAUACCAAUGCCAGACUAGUACAAGACUUGUUUCGCCCACUCACCCAUACCCCUGUAUUCACACGAUAGUUUGUAUACAAUUCCCCAURAACUAGUCCAUAUACCACCUACCCAUACCCUUAGCCAUAGCAUUACUUGAGUUCUUUCCUCUUGGGAAGUACCAAUCAGUGAUAGACCGAUACAAGACUUGUUUCACCCACUCACUCAUACCCCUGUAUUAAUAUUCAUGAUAUUCUGGUAUAGACGUCUUCAUGCACUGAUCCGUAUCACUUACCCAUACCCUUGGCUAUACCUCAAGGGUGUUUCUUAAUMUUCUUCUGGGAAUACCAUUGCCAAACUCGAACAAAAACGUCCUUCUCCCUAACCCUUAUAUAUCAUGCUUGACAGGGGUAUAUUGAUGUACGGAUAGGCCUCGUGUAUUARUUUAAAGUAAAGUGUGUAGAGAUUGUCGUAUACUUAGGAAUACCAAUUCUUUCCUAGGACAGAGAUUCUAACCCACCCACCACCCCCA